UACGCAGUACAUAUUGAAAAGCGUUUUCGAAUUCCUGCGGCACAUUCCAAUAGAUCACUCCUUCACCUGAAGCCGAUAGUUCGGCACCUCAGCUCAGCCAUUUCUUGUGGAUAGAGCUAUUUUUCCGACGCUUUCAUUUGGGUUUUCUACCAUUUGCUUCCUUGGUGAUCAGAAGCAGAGAUAUUAGAUUGCAGUCGUAGUUGAUCAGUUUGAUCUAAAUGGCUGAGGUUUUAGGCAAGACCAGUUUGAUUUCAUCUUGGAAUAGUCAGAGGCACCAUUGUCGCAGAAUCUCUGUAGCUCCGAAGAACUUAAACUGCAAAUCUGGUGUUUCUUGUUCUUUGAGGAGGUCCCCUUCUCUGCAACUUAAAUCUCAAGUUCUCAGGUCCUCAUCUUCCUCGAUGCAGAGUGAAUUUUAUGGCAGAAAGAUCGUCUUUGAGGUCAUGAAAAGCACACCCUACAAAGGGAUUUCCCUAUACCGAGCUUCAACCGCAGCUCAGAUGGGCCGCGUAUUCGGGAACGCUCAAAAAUGGUGGGAGAAAGGACUUCAACCCAACAUGAAAGAGGUAACUUCGGCACAAGACCUUGUGGACUCCCUGCUAAACGCAGGGGACAAGUUGGUCAUUGUUGAUUUCUUCUCUCCUGGUUGUGGCGGUUGCAAAGCCCUCCAUCCAAAGAUAUGCCAGUUUGCAGAGAUGUACCCGAAUGUGCUAUUCCUUCAGGUGAACAAUGAGGAGCAUAGGGCUAUGAGUUAUAGCCUUGGCGUCCACGUUCUUCCCUUCUUUCGCUUCUACAGAGGCUCACAAGGUCGUUUAUGCAGCUUUAGCUGUACCAAUGCGACGAUCAAAAAGUUUAAGGAUGCAUUAGCCAAACACAUCCCGGAUAGAUGCAGCUUAGGCCCAGCCAAAGGGUUGGAGGAGAAGGAACUCUUAGCUUUGGCUGCCAACAAGGAUCUUAACUUCACUUACAAACCCAAACCAAUUCAACCCGUCCAUGAACCUGCCGGUCAAGAGUUCCCAAUGGAGCCAUCAAAACUUACGCAUGUCCCUACACUGGAGGAGGUGGUAGGUGAUGAUGCACAACCUCUGCAUGCCGAAGAGUUGGCAGCUGAGGCCAAGGCCGAUACGGUGAAGCUCUCCGAGAAGAGAACCCUGGCAACCGCCGGGAGAUGACGGGGUCUUUUUGUGAGCCCUGAGUCCUAACCAUAUCCCUUGUACAGUUUUCUCUUCUUUUUUUUUUUUAAAGCAUCUGGUGUGAGAAUGAAAAUUUAAGGUUGAAGUCGAGUAGUUUAGGCUUUGGUCUAGUGGUCUGUCUUCCCAGAUUGCUUCAGGCUAAUGGAUUUACUUUUUGGGAAUCCAAGCCUGCUGUUCUUUAACAAUUCAGAAGCAGUCAGCUGUAUGAUUCCCAGUUCCUCUUUUUGUGUCAUGGAGGAAUCCGCUCAGUCCCUGCUGUUGUAAAAUGCACAUCCUUCUUUUCGCCAAUGGAAGAUUUUAGCUUCUGUUAGUUCUAUUUCUGCUCAAA